CGGAUAAUACAUAGGGUUGUGAUUAGUGGAUCUCCACCUGGUUUUACAUCUAUUUGUAUUUGCAACAUAUAAAAAAAAAUGAAAGAAGCGAUAAACAUAAAACUCUUUUACAUUUCUCUUGCAGUUUUGUGUAUUGUUUCAAGUGAAACAAAGAUCAGAUCCAUGGCCAUGAAAUUGUUUGAUGCACACUGUCACCUACAGGAUCAAAGAGUUGUUGACAAGGCUUCCCUACUCAUUCAUAUUGCUAAUGCCGCAGGUGUUGUUUACAUUGCUGUCGAUGGCAUAACUGAGAAAGAUUGGCAUCUGGUGAAAGAAAUGAGUGAUGAGUAUGAUUCUGUGAUUCCAAACUUUGGGCUACAUCCAUGGUACGUUGAAGGAAAGAGUCGCUCUUGGUUCGACACUCUGAAAGAGUUAAUUGAAGCAAACCCUUCAGCUGCUGUUGGCGAGAUUGGUUUAGACAAAAGCCCACUGGCAAAAGGGGUUGAUUUCGGGGAACAGGUGGAAGUGUUUAAGAAGCAGCUUCAGCUUGCAAAGGGUUUGAAAAGACCAGCAAGUGUGCAUUGUCUUGAUGCUUUUCCCGAGCUUCUUCAAAUAAUGAAGGAAAUAGGACCAUUUCCAGCAGGUGUAAUACUCCAUUCCUUCCAGGGAUCUCCAGAGGUAGUACCUCAACUUACAAAGCUUGGCUCCUACUUUUCAUUCUCUGGACAUUUGAUGCCAUUAAAAGAAGACAAGGCCAGAAAGAUUGUGAAGGCGGUACCUUUGGAUCGAAUAUUAUUGGAGACGGAUGCACCUGAUGCCCUUCCGACAAACCCUAUUUUCUUUGUUCCUGGAAAUGCUACCCUUAAUCAGCCUGCAAAUGUUCAUAGUGUACUUAUAUAUGUUGCAUCUUUACUAGAUUUGAGUAAAGAAGAAUUGGCAGAUAUAAGUUACAAUAAUGCACUUCGUGUAUUCUCUUUCCAAGGUUCAAAAAUUCCAUUAAAAUGAUCUUUAUUUCUAUGCCUAUGGGAACCGCUGUCUCAUUAUUACAAUAUAAUCCCCCUUUAUUAAUAAUAUAAUAAAUUUAAUUAUUCCGUUCCCACCUUGUACUUUGUAUGUUAAAAAGAGUCAUUAUCUAUUCUGUCUAUUUAUAUUAUUAUUUAAAACGAA